CCGCCCACCCGGACGCGCCCGGCGAACACCUGGAGGCCGGCUGCUCCGUGGGUCUGAUAGUCCCCCGUCCACCUGGCCACCGCCGGGAGGCCCCAGGGGCCCACGGGGCCUCGGCCCGCCCGAAACGGCCGCAUUGUUAGGGCGGCGAGGCCAGGUGACCGGCCGGCCCGGCGCGGGCGGCGCGAUUGCCCUUCGCCGCCUCGAGGGGGCCCUGCGGCGGCCGCGAGCCAGGAGGACGGCCCGCCCGCGCGCUGCUCGGCGCCCAGCCUGCUGCGCCAUCGCCCCGCGGGACCGCGCCGCCGCUCGCCCAGCCUGCAAGUACUCCUGCCACAGGCGAUGUGAAGCCAAGGCGCCGGGGGGUGCCUCGCCGUCCGCUGCUCCCUGCUGCGACAGGCCGUCCAGGCCGGCGGCGCUGAGCCCCGCCAUGGAGGACGGCCCCGCGCUGGACCUCACCUACGUCACCGAGCGCAUCAUCGCCGUGUCCUUCCCCGCGGGCGGCUCCGAGGAGGCCUACCUGCACGGCCUGCAGGAGGUGACGCGCAUGCUGCGGUCCAAGCACGGGGACAACUACCUGGUGCUGAACCUGUCGGAGAAGAGGUACGACCUCGCGAAGCUGAACCCCAAGAUCCUGGACGUGGGCUGGCCCGAGCUGCACGCGCCGCCGCUGGACAAGGUGUGCACCAUCUGCAAGGCCCAGGAGUCCUGGCUGAACAGUGACCCGCAGCACGUGGUGGUCAUCCACUGCAGGGGCGGGAAGGGGCGCAUCGGAGUCGUCCUCUCCUCCUACAUGCACUUCACCAACGUCUCCGCCAGCGCCGACCAGGCCCUGGACAGGUUCGCGAUGAAGAAGUACUACGACGACAAAGUCUCCGCCCUCAUGCAGCCGUCCCAGAAACGGUACGUGCAGUUCCUGAGCGGGCUGCUGGCGGGCACGGUGAAGAUGAACGCCUCGCCGCUCUUCCUGCACUUCGUCGUGCUGCACGGCACCCCCAGCUUCGACGCUGGCGGAGCGUGCCGGCCCUUCCUGAAGCUGUACCAGGCCAUGCAGCCCGUGCACACGUCCGGGAUCUACAACAUCGGCCCGGACAGCCCGAGUCGCGUCUGCAUCGCCAUCGAGCCAGCCCAGCUGCUGAAGGGGGACAUCAUGGUGAAGUGCUACCACAAGAAGUACCGCGCCGCCACCCGCGAUGCCGUGUUCCGGCUGCAGUUCCACACGGGGGCCGUGCAGGGCCCCCGCCUGGUGUUCGGGAAGGAGGACCUGGACGGCGCCUGCAGCGAUGGCCGCUUCCCCGCCGACGGGAAGGUGGAGCUGGUGUUCUCGGCCACGCCCGAGCGGAUGCCAGGCUGCGAGCACCUGCGCAACGACCGCGGCGUGAGCGUGGACUUCAACACGGCCGACCCCCUGAUCCGCUGGGACUCCUACGAGACCCUGGGCGCCGACGGCGAAGUACCACACACCCAGGGCCCUGUCGACGGCAGCCUCUACGCCAAGGUGAGGAAGAAGAGCGUCUCGGACCCCGGCGUCCCCGGCGGGGUCCCGGCCGCCCCCGCCGCCAGCAGCCCCGACCACACCCUGUCGGUCAGCAGCGACUCGGGCCACUCCACCGCGUCCGCGCGGACGGACAGGACCGAGGAGGCCCUGGCCCCGGGGCCCAGCAGGGGCCUGAGCGCCCAGGAGAAGGCCGAGCUGGACCAGCUGCUCAGCGGCUUCGGCCUGGACGACUCUGGGAGCCCCCCGCGGGACAUGGCUGAGGCCCCCGGCCAGCGCGGCGGGACGCGCCACGUGGUGCCGGCGCAGGUGCACGUGAACGGGGACGCGGCGCCCAGGGACCGCGAGACGGACAUCCUGGACGACGAGGUGCCCGGCCACGCCCUGCGCAGCGCGGGCAGCAGUGUUGGGACCCUGUCCUCCUCUGAGGGGCCCCCGUCGGCCCCCGCCGGCCCCUUCGCCGGCCCCCCGAGCAGCCACAACUCGCUGCUGUCCGAGGGCUUCGGCAGCAGCGCCGGGGAGGACCUGCACGGCGAGCUGGCCCCGGACCUGGGCCUCAGUGCAGGGCCCCCGUACGAGCCCCGGCGGCCGCCGCCCGCGCUCGGGGCGCCCUGCGUGGCCGCGCAGACGCGGGCCUUCGAGCAGAGCGGCUACUCCACGCAGACCUGGGUGCGCCAGCAGCAGAUGGUGGCCGCCCACCAGUACGGCCUCGCCCUGGACGGGGAGGCCAGGCUCGUGGGCCGCGGCCCCGGGGACGGCCCCCGCCUGGCACAGGCCCUGCCCAGGCUCCCGGUGGCCCCCGCCCAGGGGGCUGGCAGCAGGGGGCCCGCGCAGAGGGGCACAGGCCCCGGGGCACUUCCGCCCGACACCCAGCGGCCUCCUCCCAGCAACACGCUGAGAGCCGGGUUCCCGGACGUCGGCCUCGCAAACGGCACAGGCCCGGGGCCCGGCCCGGACCCCUCCCCAGGCUCGCCCACCCUGGACAUCGACCAGUCCAUCGAGCAGCUCAACAGGCUGAUCUUGGAGCUGGACCCCACCUUCGAGCCCCUCCCCACCCACCUGAGCUCGCCGGGCGUCCAGGCCAAUGGCUCCACGUCCCCGGACGGCGUGGGAGGCGGGCUCCGGGCGGGCGGUCGCCUGCAGGACCGAGGGGAGGACCCCGGCUGGAGCCCCACGCAGCAAGGCCCCUCGGGGGAGGAGCCGCUGCGCAGAAGGUUCCGGAAGCCGAGCCUCGGGCAGUACGACAACAACGCCGCGGGGCAGCCCGCCUCCUCCCGGGGCGGGUGGGGGAAGCCCGCGGGUGCGGAGCCGGCUCCGGGCCUGGUGCCCUUCCUGUCUCCACCCGACGUCAGAGAGACGGUGAUGGCCGGGUACCCCCCCGACCUGGACCGGGUGGACAGCGGGAUCUUCUCUCUGAGCAAGAGCAGCAGCAGCGAGUCCGCGCCGCCCACGCCGGCGUUCCCGGUGUCCCCGCAGACCCCGUACGUGACCACGCCCCCGCACCACCCGGCCUUCAGCCUGCCCGGGCCGCACGCCGGCAGCGCCGGCGGUCUGUGCCGAGCGGCUCACGAUCCCCAAGGCUGCCCCGAGGUCCUCGGUCACCCUGCGGGGAUGUCAGAGAGCCCCCUGGGGCCCAGAACCCCGGCAUCGCCCUUCCCUCGGAUGUUCCUGUCCCCCUGCGGCAGCGCCGGCGGCGGCCCCGGCCCAAAGAGGGACAGCCCAUCCGCCGAGCCGCAGUGGGCAGACACCGGCCCCAGGCCCAUGCUGGCCCUGCUGGGGGGCCGCCGGUCCCCGGGGAGCCUGCUCGGCCCCGGCGAGUUCCAGGACGGCCCCGGCCCUGGGUGGCCGCACCGCCCACCUGCUGAGCCCCAGGCUGCUCUCCACAGCCACCCGCUGGUGCUGGCGGAGCCCCCGGAAGUUCUGCAUCCCCCAAGCAACCAGGCCUUCCUGGGCUUCGGCGCGGCUCUCGUGGGGGCCUCCGUGGGGACCGGCCUGCCCCCUGGGGAGGCCCCGGGGGCCCCGCCGGCCGGCUCCCAGAGCUCGCCCCAGCCCCUCAGCCCCCCGCGGGCAGCCGCUGACAACGGCUUCCUGCCGCACGGCUUUCACCUGGCGUCGCCGCCCGGGCGCAGCGGCCGCCACAGCCCCGUCCUGCCGGGCCCCGGCCCGCCCCUGCCCGAGAAGAAGCGGGCGUCCGAGGGCGACCGCUCCUGCGGCUCCGCCUCGCCCUCCUCCAGCGGCUUCUCCAGCCCCCGCAGCGGGAGCACCGUCAGCAUCCCCUUCCCCAGCGUGCUCCCGGACUUCUCCCGGUCGCCCGAGGCGGCCGCCCUCUCUCUGGGUGACCCUGGUGACAAGCACGUGUCGGUGAACUUCGUGCAGGACACCUCCAAGUUCUGGUACAAGGCGGACAUCUCCCGAGAGCAAGCCAUCGCCAUGCUGAAGGACAAGGAGCCCGGGUCGUUCGUCGUCCGGGACAGCCACUCCUUCCGCGGCGCCUACGGCCUGGCCCUGAAGGUGGCCACGCCCCCGCCUUCCGUGCUGCAGCUGAACAAGAAAGGCGGGGACCUGGCCAGCGAGCUGGUGCGGCACUUCCUGAUCGAGUGCACCCCGAAGGGCGUGCGGCUGAAGGGCUGCGCCAACGAGCCCUACUUCGGGAGCCUGACAGCCCUGGUGUGCCAGCACUCCAUCACGGCCUUGGCCUUGCCCUGCAAGCUGCUCAUUCCCCACAGAGAUCCGCUGGAGGAAAUCUCGGAGAGCUCUCCCCAGACGGCGGCCAACUCCGCGGCCGAGCUGCUGAAGCAGGGUGCAGCCUGCAACGUGUGGUACCUGGGCUCCGUGGGCACGGAGUCCCUCACCGGCCACCAGGCCGUCCAGAAGGCCCUGAGCCUCGCGCUGGCGCAGCAGCCGCCGCCCCUGUCCACGGUCGUGCACUUCAAGGUGUCGACGCAGGGCAUCACCCUGACGGACAACCAGAGGAAGCUCUUCUUCCGGAAGCACUACCCCGUGAACACCGUCAUCUUCUGCGCGCUGGACCCGCAGGGCAGGAAGUGGGUUGCGGACGGCGUGGGCUCCAGAGCCUUCGGGUUCGUGGCCCGGAAGCAGGGCAGCACCUCGGACAACGAGUGCCACCUGUUCGCGGAGCACGACCCCGAGCAGCCUGCCAGCGCCAUCGUCAACUUCGUGUCGAAGGUCAUGAUUGGCUCCCCCAAGAAGAUGUGAGCCCCCCCCCGCCGGCUCCAGACGCCCGGGGGCUGGGGCGGCCCGCCGCGCCCCUGCGGUGACCCUGACCUUCCGGCUCCUUCCGUUUCCCGAGCACCACACUGCCCCGCCCCCGCGCCCUUCCUGAGACAGACGGUGCCCGUGUCCGUCUGCAGCCCGGCCCUUUCUGGGCAGGAGAGGGUACCAGGUCACCUGCCCAGCUCCACGCCCAGGACCGCCCCAGGAAACGCGGGGUCCUGUGCACCUCCCAUGCCAGAGUCUGGGGGCACCUGGCCCACUGGGCCGUGGCUCGAGUGACCACGGAGUGCAGCCAGCACUGCGACCAACGCCCUCGGCCACCACCCUCCCAGGACAGGGACGCACGUGUGAUGCGGCUUCACGCGGGCCCUUCCGGAACGCCGGGGCCUGGACAAGGGGACCAGGUGAUGGCCCGUGAGAACCAGGGUGUCACUGUGGGGCCCAAAGGUGUGCCGGCUGCGGAGAGGAGGGGCGAGGACGGAAGUGAAACGCCAUUUCCACGUACUUUAUCGCUUUUUUGCCAAGUCACUUGUGGUCACAUUUGUCACUGCGGCCUGUGGGGGUGUCUCAGCCCGGAGGCACCAGAGGAGAGGGUGCCACUGUGCACUGGCUCCUGUGUGCGGUGACCACUGUCAGAGUGUCGUUUCCAGGCUGCAGGCGACAUCCUUUCUGGAGUGGAAGGUUCUGGAAGGGUGGGACAGGCUGACCUCCAGGAGCUCCCCUCUGGUCUGUCACGACCACGCCUGCGGGCUCCUGGAGGGUCUGCGUGCUUCCGGCCCCCCGAGCUGGGUGGAGGGCGUCUCAGUCUCACGGGGGUUCGGGGCCCCACCUCGCCUCAGUCACGGUCCGAGAGGCACCCGCCCGGACGCCUGUGGCAGUGCUGCGGCCUGUCACCUGCCCCAUCUGCAGUCGCGGGUUGGGGAGCAGCCAGCGGCUCUGCCCAGAACUCCAGUUCUCCACUGUGGACGCCGAGCACCGGCCCCUCUGUCCCCCAGAGUCGGCAGGGGCGGGCCACAGGCUGGGGUGGGGUGGCUUCGUGGACCCCGGGUGAAGCAGAUUCAGGUGCGGGGCGAGGAGCUGGGACCGGGGGGCGCGGGGGCCCUGCCGCUCAGCUCCAAUCCCAAGUGCCUCCUUUCUGUGCCAAAAGACCGCCUUGUCCCCCAAGGCGGGCCUCGUCCGCCACACAGCGGGCAUCUCUUCGGUCCACGCCCUGGUCCCCGUGGAGGCACACAUGCUGUCGCUGUCAGACUCGGGGAGGGGGCCGGGUUGGAGCUGUCCCUGGGAGAUGGCUCGUCUCGAGAUGGCUCGCACCCACGUCUGACUCAGAGAGGCCAGGCCCCUCGUCUCUCGGGCAGAGGGGGGCGGGCGGGCGGGCGUGGGUCUGCGACUCGGGACCCCGGGACUCGGAGACCGGGGUCCCCCUCGAGGUGGCAUCCUGGAUGCCGAGAAGCCGGGCACCUGGCAGCAGCGUGACCUCCCGGUGGCCGAGGGCCCCAGAGGUUUGCUCCAAGCAGACGGCUCCUGAGGAAGCCAGCGCCGGCUUCUGACGAGCUGGUGUGACAGGGCUCUUUGCGUGUUACACACGCAUUACACAGGACCACACACCCAUGACCUUGGCGCCAGGCCGUGGGUGAGCCCCACCCCCCACCUGGCUCCACGCAGGGGCAGACCCCUCCCCAGGCUCCUGGUCUCCGGGUGCCCCGGGCACCAGGCACAGGCCUGGGCGCUCGCCAGAAGUGUGCCCGUGAGCGUCGCAGCCAGGGUCCCUUUCAGCCCUCGGUCCCCUACGAUGUCCCCCCAUCGCUCACCUGUAAGCCUCUCCCUGUGUAUCCUGGCGUCGAGACGCCCUGCGUCUCCUGAUCUGCCUUAACUGCCAGUGGGCGUUCCCACGUCUCGUAUGUUGCAAGAGCAUAUGCAGUGUGUAAACGAAUGUUCUGUGAGGUCUCUGUGUAGCCGCUGUCUCUGCUCUUCCAGCACCAUUACAGUCAGAAAACAAUAAAGUAUUAACCUUCGUAACCCUC